AUGGAAAUUUCACCAAACACGUUAGAGUUCAAGGGCUCAUUUCAGAAACAAACCACGGAAUUUUUAACUUUAUAUAAUUCUUCCCCAACUCCCUUGGCGUUCAAAGUUAAGACCACCGCCCCAAAGUUAUACUGUGUUCGUCCAAAUGCGUCCUUACUUCGUGCAGGAGAAUCCAUGAAGAUCUCGGUGAUUCUUCAAGGCUUUUCCCAACCUUUACCAGCUGACUACAAAUGUAAGGACAAGUUCUUGUUGGUGUCCUUACCAGCUCCAGACAUACACGAUGCCAGUAAAGUUGGUGAAUACUGGCCAUCUUUGGAAGCCAAGUACAAGUCGCAAAUGGUUUCCAAGAAGUUGAGAGUUAACUACCGUAUUGGUGAAGAUGCCGAUGAACUGUUUGAUUACACCCAAACUACCGAAUCUUCUCUUCCUGAACCAAGUCCAGUGCCCGAAUUCAAUGGUAACGGUAGUGCUCGCGAAAGAUCAGUGUACCAUGAACCAGCCUUAAAUAACUUCAAUAGAGAAGUACACCAACCUCAACAGAGAGAAGUACACGAUCCUUCCCCAAGAGAAAUCCACCAACCUACAUUCCAACCACCAGUUCAACAACAACAGCAAGCACCAGUUGUUGAAAAGAGAUCUCCAGUUGCUGCCCAAGCUUCCCCCGAAUUACAACGCGAAUUGGAAGCUUUGGCUAAUCAAGUUCGCAGUUUGUCUUCUAAGUUGGACGACAACGAAAGAGCUACCGCUCAAGCUGUGGCUCAACAAAGAAGAGCCGCGUUUGACAAUAAUACUGAACCAGUCAAUGGUAUUUCCAUGCCGGUUGCUUUAUUGUUAGUUCUUAUCUCUUUCCUUAUCGGUUGGUUGAUAUUCUAA